AUGUCGGUAGCUACGAUGCUACAGCCGGCAUCGAGGGCCUCGACGUCAUCCUCGUCUUCCUUCCAGCCUGUUUCUCGACAAAACACAAUGUCUUCGCAAGAUACUCGCUCGGUGCGCGCGUCGAAGCGCAUGUCCGUAACGGCGUAUUAUCUGUCCAUGUCCGCCAAGGACAAGGACUUGGAAAUUUCUGACGAAUUGGCAAAAGUUCAGAAAUAUCUCCGUGAAUUAAAAUCCAAAAUCUCCUCGCAGUCGAAAAAGAAUUUCGUCCUGGAAAAAGAUGUUCGUUAUUUGGAUUCUCGAAUUGCUCUGCUCAUUCAAAACCGAAUGGCUCUGGAAGAACAAAACGAAGUUGCCAGUCAUCUGGAAGAUAGCCUCGAUCCGCAGGAAGGCUACUUUCCUAACGACGACAAAACACAAAGAUACGGAAACCUGCUCUUCCUUCUUCAAACAGAACCGAAACACAUCGCCCACCUCUGCCGGCUCGUCUCGAUGUCCGAGAUCGACUCGCUCCUACAAACAGUCAUGUUCACAAUCUACGGAAAUCAAUACGAGAGUCGCGAAGAACAUUUGUUGUUGACCAUGUUUCAGUCUGUCCUGACCUACCAAUUUGACAACACGCCCGAAUAUUCGUCACUGCUUCGCCAAAACACGCCUGUCUCGCGAAUGAUGACGACCUACACCCGCCGUGGUCCUGGUCAAAGUUAUUUGAAACAAGUUCUGGCUGAACAGAUCAAUUCCCUUAUCGAAUUGAAGGAUGUUGAUCUUGAAAUCAACCCCCUGAAGGUUUAUGAAAGUAUGGUGCAGCAGAUUGAAGAAGAUACUGGUAGUCUACCCGAUUACCUGCCAAGAGCCGUCACCGCCGAAGUUGCAGCUGCCAAUGAACAGGUGCAGGCGAUCAUCGCACCCCGUUUGAAAAUGCUGACUGAUAUUGCCAACACCUUCCUCACAACUAUCAUCGAUGGACUGGAGGAUGCUCCGUAUGGUAUACGAUGGAUCUGCAAGCAAAUCCGAAGCUUGUCUCGGCGCAAGUACCCCGAUGCCCAAGACCAGACGAUCUGUACCUUGAUUGGAGGUUUCUUUUUCCUCCGGUUUAUUAACCCGGCUAUUGUCACUCCUCGUUCCUACAUGCUGAUCGAGGCCACACCGACGGACAAGCCACGUCGUACAUUGACUCUAAUUGCCAAGAUGCUUCAAAACUUGGCCAACAAACCUUCUUAUGCCAAGGAACCCUACAUGGCGAAACUCCAGCCAUUCAUUCACCAAAACAAGGAACGAGUGAACAAGUUCCUGCUUGACCUUUGCGAAGUGCAAGAUUUCUACGAGAGUUUGGAGAUGGACAACUAUGUUGCUUUGACUAAGCGUGACCUGGAGCUGCAAAUCACCUUGAAUGAAAUCUAUGCGACGCAUUCGCUGUUGGAAAAGCACAGCUCCACAUUGGCUGCUUCUGACCAGCAUUCUCACUUGAAUAUACUUCUGCAAGAGCUCGGACCGGCACCUGGACAGCUUCUUCGCAAGGACAACCGCACCAUCAACUUACCGCUAUUUAGUAAAUGGGAAACAUCAGUGGAUGACCUCACUGCUGCUCUAGAUAUCACACAAGAAGAGAUUUACUUCAUGGAAGCCAAAUCUACAUUUGUUCAGAUUUUGCGUUCACUACCAAAUACCUCCUCAGUCCUUCGCCGACCGCUGCGCCUUGACCGAAUCGCCGAAGCAGCCGCUACGCUGAAGAACGAUGCUGUCAUGGUCCGAAAGGGAAUCCGAACAAUGGAACUUCUCAGCCAGCUUCAAGAGUUGGGCGUUAUCGAUCGGUCGGAUGAGUUUGGUCUUCUUCGUGACGAAGUCGAGCAGGAAUUGGUGCACUUGGGCUCACUCAAAGAAAAGGUGGUUGAAGAAACAAACCAGUUGGAAGAGGUCUACCGCACGAUCCGCGAUCAUAAUGCAUAUCUAGUGGGUCAACUGGAAACAUACAAGUCAUAUCUACAUAACGUGCGUAGCCAGUCCGAAGGCAAAUCACGCAAGAAGGAGAAGAAUCAGGAGCUUGGACCAUACAAGUUCACUCACCAGCAACUUGAAAAGGAAGGCGUUAUUCGCAAAAGCAAUGUUCCUGAGAAUCGACGGGCCAACAUCUAUUUCAUGUUCAAGAGUCCUUUGCCUGGUACAUUUGUUAUCAGCCUACACUACAAGGGACGCGCCCGCGGUCUACUAGAGCUAGAUCUGAAGUUGGACGAUUUGCUGGAAAUGCAGAAGGACAACCAAGAAGAUCUCGACCUAGAAUAUGUUCAGUUCAACGUAUCGAAAGUUCUGGCUCUCUUGAAUAAGCGUUUUGCUCGCAAGAAGGGAUGGUAA